UACCAUGUUUCGAGCAUGCGUCCGGAUUAGCCUUGCACACAAUACGACUUGCAAAUUAUCGGGCUCAAAUCAGCGACUGCCACCACAAUACAACUGUUUUGCGUCCCUCAAGUGGGGCGGAAUGGUCAGAGAUAGCAAGCCUCGCUGGCAGCCUUUGUGCAGAUCAGGGCCGCCCUUACUGUCGCGACAAAUAUAGACAUCACCUGCAAAUCCACCUGCAGGGGUCGAACAAAGCAGAGGUGGAUGCUCUGCUUCGUGAGAUGUAUGUAUGUGAGCAGCAGUACUUCGGCUUUGCAUCUGUCACAUAGCCUUCUUCGCUCGUGUUGAAGCUACACCUCCAACGCCGCGAUGUCAAAAGUACUCGCCGAUGCACCCCUGGGACGAGAUUUCAUCUCUGCAUACAGCCGUAGCAUUGUCAUCAACAUCGUCUCUUGGGUACUUUUUGCAUUCGUUAUUUCCACAUUGGUCGCUCGCUUUGCGGCGAAGCUGUCAAGGAGAACAACCCGGAGAUUGUUAGCAAUAGAUGAAGUUCUCCUCGUAUCAGCAGCCCUGUUUAGCUUCGGUCAAACAAUAGCCAUCUCGAUACAAUGGAAAGACAGCAAAAGCGAGCGACAUUUGCAGUCGUUAUAUGAUGAUGCAUUAUAUCAAAAGUCUGCAUACGUUUCCAGUGUACUGUUCAUCGCGAACAUGGGCUGCGCCAAGAUAUACCUCAGUCUUGUUGUGCGGAAGCUGUUCGCAGGUCGCUUUUUUGAGUACACGUCGGUUAUCCUUGCAGUAUUUACUGCUGGUUGGACACUCAGUGGAGUUCUUGUCGCGGCGUUUCAAUGCCGCAUGCCAGUGCCUUGGAAUGUGCUGGACAACGAAUGCAUCGAUGUCGCAGCUUUUGGCAACUACCUCGCAUUGACCAAUGUCGCGACUGAGGUUCUAUUAGUCCUGGUACCAAUCGCGCUUCGGACUCAAGAUAACUCAGUGAUCGGCAGCCGUAUCUAUGUUUCCGCUAUUUUUUGUUCACGGCUGAGUAUUGCGGCGCCGGCCGGCGUUCAGUUAUACUUAGUCAAUGCCUCAGCGUCCUCUCCGUCCAUUGCUGACAGCUGGGCUAUUUCUCUUUGCAUGCAGAUUGCUCAGACGCUCUCUGUUAUCAGUGCAUGCUUGCCAGGUCUGAAUCCUCUCGUUGCGAAGGAUAUGGACGAUGCAUCCUCUACACGUACUGAAUCAGACGGCUGUGGGUCUCGAUGGGAUGCGAAUAAGUUUGGAUAUCUGUCGAACUCUCAUGUCUCACAGCGGAGCGUUGACUUGCGCGACACGCUUGAACCAGGCAUGCCACCAUACUGUCAUCCAAUAGACACUCACAGUCUCGUUCGAGCGUCCGCUAGCUGCGACUCGUACAACUUCCCUCGCAUACCUUCAAACAUUGCGCUACCACUCUCUACACCGGAACCUCCUAUUAACGUGUUCAAUCGAUUGAUCAGAAGCUCGUCAUCGCUGGAUCUGGAUCCCCUCGGUACACCUAGAAACCUUGAGGAGCUAGGUUGCCUACCAGCACCUGACUGGGAAGACGAGGAAGUCGAGAGAGACGCAAAGUCUGAGAGGGUCAGUCCGGAGCGGAGACCGACGUCCGAGUAUAUUUUUCAAAGGUCGAAGGUCAUCUCAGUUCUGGAAGAGAGGAGCCUGUUCGAGAUUGGGAGAGAGUGGAAUGGGUUUGUGCCACCGCUACCAACACCCAGAAUCCUGAAAGAUCCACCCAGAGCAGAGCGUAUUGAUAUCCAUCAACAAAUCCACGCGCAGUCAUUGUUAGCAGUAAAAUUCUGAAUUGAUGCUUACGGAUUGUGCUCAAGUGCGAAGUGAAACGGUUUUCAUUCAGCAACAG